AUGGAAAAGUGUGAUAAAUGUAAUAAAUCAAUAACAAAAAGAAUCCCUGGUUUGGAGUGCAGUAGAUGUGAAAAACUGGUUCAUCUCAACACCUUGUGUUCAGGCCUUUCCAACAAACAGUUGACGGCAAUACGCGCGUCAGAGAACCUAGAAUGGACAUGUCAAGAAUGCCAAAGGUCAACAUCUAAACGCAGUUCUAUCGUAGUUCCUGACGAUGACACUGAUGAAGACGGAAACCAAUUACUUAACACAGAAACAAACCAAAUAAAUAUGAAGAAACUCCUACAAAACAUUUCAAAAGAAGUGGAAAAGGCUGUUAGAAGAGAAAUCAAUGAACUACGUGUCUCUCUUCAAUACCACAGUGAAAAGAUGGAUGAAGUAAUGGAAGUCGCAGAAGCAUGCAAACAAGCAGUUCAGGACAUCCAACGUAAAAAUAUAGAUUUAAUAAAUAGAAACAAGCAUCUUGAAACCAGAAUUAAUGCAAUGGAGCAAAGAAUAGAAGAAAUUGAACAACACCAAGUAGCUAGACACAUUGAAAUCUCAAAUAUUCCUUAUACCGAACAAGAAAAUAUAAAAAACAUCGUGGACAAGGUAGCAAUAUUACUAAAGCAACCGAUAAGUGAUAUCAAGGCCGCUCGCAGAUUGUCACGGAAGAGGGAUUCUCCUGGCGUCGUACAGGUAGAACUUAAAGAAGAAGAAAUGCAAGAAAGCUGGGUAUCUGCUUCUAAAAACUGUAAAAUAUAUACCUCCAAUUUAAUGCCGACUACGUCUCCAGCGGCUGCUCAAAAUCGGAUAUUCGUACGUCCAUUUUUAACAGCAUACAACAAAAAACUACUAUGGAGUACUAAACAAUCACUAAACGGAACCUACAAAUAUAUAUGGAGCAAAAAGGGAAAAAUAUUUAUACGGAAAGAUGACAACUCUAAACCUGUUAUACAUAUUCGAGGAGAAGCAGACAUCAAGAAACUUUGUAACGUACCAUAA